GCUCGGAGAAAGGGCACUGGAAACCCUGAGAGAGAAUGGGGGUACAAGAGGCCAAAGGGGAAAACUUGGGGGUGCCAGUUCCAGGGCUCUCCCUCUCAAACCUCCUUCCCGCUGCCUAAGCGGGACACCCACUCCUCCCCUCUCCCUAAGCAGCCCAAUGAGCACCACGGCGGCUCGGAUCCCCGCCUUUUUGGAGUGCAUCCUGUCGGCGGCGGCGGCGGCGGCGGCGGGCUGGGACAUAGCGGAGGCUGCCGGCAACCCCGGCCACGGCCCCGGCGGGGAGCAAAGUGGGGAGGGCUGGCCCGCCCGCCGCAGCUCCGGACUAAGGCAGCCCCCGGCCGGCUGCGCCCUCCCGUGCCCGCGUCCCUCGCAUCUGCCAGCUUCCUGCCCGCCGCCUCGGAGCGACCUUCAAAGUCACCUGUCCCCCAGCCCUGGCCCCCGCCCCGCCCCCCCCCCCCCCCCCCCGCCUUCUACGCCCCGCUAAGCCACCGCCCCGAUCCAAAGCCCCACAUCAGAGCGCCCGAUCCCUCCCCUGAGCCCUGGCCGUCAGCAGGGCUGCCCCCCGGUCCGAGGCGGGCUCCAGCCGCGCCCGUCCCUCCCCCCCACCCCCCCCACCUCUUGCGGCCGGCCCGGGCCCCCGCCUGGGACCGGCCCCUCCCCUCUGGGGGACAGGAGGAGGUCAGCUCCCGGGGAGCCGGCGAGCAAGCCCCUCUCUGA